AUGAGCGAUACACGUUAUUGGUCUAAAGAAUUCACGACGACUUUUUUAGAAAAAUAUCAUGAAUUCCCUUGUCUUUGGAAAAUUAAAUCUAAAGAAUAUUUAAAUAAAAAUUUGAAAAAAUCAGCGUACGAUGAAUUGGUGGAAUUGUGCAAAAAAAUUCAACCUGAUGCAAACCGUGACUUUGUGGUCAAAAAAAUCCAGGGUUUCCGAGGUUCCUUCAGGAAAGAACUCAAAAAAGUGAUGAGUUCAAAACGCUCUGGCAGUGGACACGACCAAGUGUAUGAGCCAACUCUCUGGUACUAUAAUUUAUUACUGUUCACCAUUGACCAAGAAACACCAUCAGAAAGUUUAUGCAAUACUUCCGAAAGUUUCCCUGAAGAGACAAAUUUAGAUCAGAAUAAUGAAAAUAAUGUGCCAGAGUUGGAAGAUAUCACUACAAAUCUAGAAAAGAUCGACGAUCAACCGGCAACUUCCAAGUUUUUCCCCGUUUCACAACCCCAGAAAGUAAACACCAAUAAAAAAAACUAG